AUGACAGCCUUGACAUACAUAGUAGCAGGCGGGGUUCUGUUUUUCUUGAGAGCCCCCGAUGAUUCCCAGCAGAAGUUGCCGGACACGGCCAGCAACAUGCGUGGUGCUGCUUGGAAGGUGUGCCUGCCGCUCGUCCACCUUUCCGUGCGCCGUGCGUCUUCCUUCUCCUUGACGAACCAGUCGUCGGCUUCGCUUCGGUCUUGCAGCAGCAGCAAGCACAGCAGCAGGAACCAGCGAGGGAUUGCAACAAGCAUGUCGGGCGGAAUCAAGAAUGUUGUGGUGAUCGUCGCAAUGGAAGCCGAAGCGUCUCCACUGAUCGAACGCCUCGGGCUCGUCGAAGACCCGGACAAGUUCCCUGCCGCCGCGCCUUCCAAGUGCUUCAGUGGCUCCUACCAAGGUGCAGCGAUCAACGUGGUCACCAACGGGAAAUGCUCCCGGUUCGGCGUUGACCAGGUCGGCACAGUGGCGGCCGGGCUGUCAACUUGGCUGUCGGUUGAGGCGAUCAAGCCGGAUCUCGUGAUAAACGCCGGUACCGCCGGCGGAUUCAAGAAGCACGACACAGCCAUCGGCGACGUUUUCAUCAGCACCAGCGUGAAGAACCAUGACCGAAGAAUCCCAAUCCCGGGUUUCAAGGAGUUUGGCAUCGGCAACCACGAGUCCCACCCUACCCCGGAGAUGCUGAAGGAGUUGGGGUUCAAGCAAGGGGUGGUUUCCACCGGUAGCUCCUUCGACCACACGAAGACGGACGACAAAAUGAUGGAAGAAAACGACGCAAGGGUGAAGGACAUGGAGGCGGCGGCCGUGGCCUGGGCAUGCGAACAGCACGGGACCCCUCUCUUUUGCAUCAAGGUGGUCACGGACCUCGUAGAUGGUGGAGGGGUAGGAGAGGAGGAGUUCUUGCAGAACCUGAAGGCCGCGUCAGACUCGCUGCAGCAAGCGAUGCCGAGAGUGCUCGACUUCGUCUUGUCGCGUCAGCUGGCUGAAUUGUAGCCUACUUGUAGGCGCGUGGAAGACCGUGGACCCGACCGCCUAGGGAUACUUAUAUUCUUAAUGUCUCCUGCGGUAAGGCCCUUGAGGCUUAUCCGACUGCCUAGUUAGAAGAGUGGAAGAGUCGUUCUUAUGUGAUGCGAUAGGUGUGGUGAUAUGCCCUGGAUGUAUUGCGGUGGCGGUUUGCUGGUUUCCCUCGAGGUCCGAUAGAAAUUGCGCAACCCCAGCCUAGUAUAUGCAAGAGCUGGGCUGGGAGUCGUUCCGAAUAACGUUAUUUGAGGUGAUCGGGCAACAAUAACCCCGAAACAAACAAUCUUAGGCUGGCGUGUGAUAAGUGGAACUAUUGGCCCGGCAUCGUGUACCACCUCUGGGAAGGGGGUAGGGGGGCAAGCGGUUCAUCGUCAGUACAACGUCCGCCGGUGUGCCGUAAUGCGAAUGAGAUCGCGUUUGCACCAGCCUUGAGUCAUUUUGCUCACGUAGGUGACUUUCUCGAAAUUACCAUUAGGUUGUCGAGUGUGAACCCCGGACAUGGCGCAUGUGAUGUCGUGGAGCUUUGUUACUUCGUUCCAAGCCAGGAAAAGCAACAAAGCGGAUUCGAGGGCUACCGUCAAACAUGUUUCUCACUACAGGGGUUUCCCGUAACGUGAUCUCCUUCGUAAAGCUGGACGUCCACCUGCCGCACGACCUUCAUUCCACAAAAGUCGUCGCCGCCAUUCCCGCUUCUUGUCCAUCACGAUGAUGCCCUUUCUCCUUCGCCUUGCACCCAACAUCUCCAGCUAGCCAGACUUUAAUCAAACGUCGCGCUUUCGUGUGGCACAGCCAAAACGUGCAGCAAAUACGAAUCCGAACAUCAUACUUUGCCGAGAGCACGCGAACAGAAACAACCGAUUACCGCUCGGGACGAUACGGACAUGUACAUUUUCAGUUCCAAGGCAUGGAGAGACAACCGGAAAUUUCACGAAAGCCUUCUUUCAAAAUAGUUUUCCUGGAAUUUUCGUCGGGAGACUUCGUUCUUCUCGCGUCAGUUUUCGGAGAUCGCGAGAAGAAAACCUACUACUGCAAUGGGUGCGAUGAUGAAACACAGACGGUAUUCCGUAAACCCUACAAAUUCCUUUGGGACAGAGCCACCACGCAUGGCAUUCGGCACAAACUGGGGGCGACUGGGUGCUGGGAGCCCAGGCCAACCUCUGCGACUGAUACUGCAGACAUCAUUCGCGAGCCCGCUCCGCACGAAAACCAACGACUAACACACACGUGGUACGCAAGUGGAACGUGAAAAACAUACCUGGUUCACCUCUCAGAAAGGAUAACAUGGACCGCCAACCGACAACGCCGUCAAGCAGAACCAUUGCUGGACGGUUGGAUUGGGGGGUGGGAUUCCCCAGCAGAAAGCAGUCAAAGAGGAAACUCAAAAUUCCAGGUACGUAAGACAAAUAUGAUGCUGUACAGACCGCAUGCCGGCAGAUAAGAUACGACGGGCAAAAAUAAGCAAGGGGCAGGCGCUAGCGUAGUAGCGUGGGAGGUUGUCUUCGCCUCCAAUGAUCGACGUCAAAGGCCCGGACUUUCGACCAGAAACCACAUCAAAAAGAGAAAACCGGCAGCCACGGAAUGUACCACGGUAUGUGACUUCCGCGACGCAAGGCAAUACCCACCUCGGUUGUGGGAGGGAGAACGGUUACGUCGCGUGGGCGUGUCUACACAGCACGAAGCACCCACACAGCAACCCUUUCUUAAACCCUUCCUUCCAGUUCUACUCUACAACACGCCAACACGAAGGACCCAUGAGGCAACCCAGAACCCCUCGUGAAACGUUUCCUUCCAGCUCAUCUCCAAAGCUCGCGCCGCCUACCCGGGGAUACGUAGCCGGCAGCGACUGCGUUACCCAAGCUUUUUCACGCAACAAUCGAAAGAUACUUCGUAAACUAUCCUCUCCCGAAAUCUUGGGGAUCACGAAUGGCACGCCGUCGAUUUCUUUCUUUGCCUGACGUACCGUUUUCGGUACCGCAUGGCCUCGGCGAAACGCACAUACCCCUUGCGACAAAAAAAAAAUACUCCUGCCACGCACCGACAUAUUUCGGGGUCAACACCGCAUACGCCCCUCUCCCCAGAAAUACACGAAGUCGACAAGCCUGCAUCGUCAACACAAGAUGCUGGAAGAGAGAGACAGGGCACAGGCAACAGGUAUACUUUCAGGCAUGGGACAUGUAGAACGAGGGACCAUCGGGCAUGAUGUCAAAGAGCGUUUCAAAAAAGCUCCGGCAACAACACACCGCUACUGCGACUCCCGAAUUCUCGACAAAACACGACGUCCUACGAUGGCACAAGUCAUGGGAUAGCCUCGGCAAACAUGCCAUCCCGAAAAAAUGACGUGGGG